AUGCGCCACAACAGAAACAAAAAACCCAACAAUAACUACCUCAACUCCCUUGUCUCCUCAGCCAAUAUCGUCGCAAUCUCGGUUGACUACAGAAAAGCGCCGGAGCACCCAUUGCCGACCGCGUUUGAAGACUCAUGGGAAGCUGUCAAAUGGGCUGUGAGCGCCGAAGACGAAUGGGUGAAAAACUUUGCGGAUCUGGAACGCAUUUUCUUCUCCGGCGACAGCGCCGGCGCAAAUAUAGCGUACCAUAUGGGUAUAAGAGUUGGGUUGGAAGGGUUAUCAUCAUCGGGAGCAAAGCUGGUGGGUAAUAUUCUUGUCCACCCUUUUUUUGGAGGAGAGGAACCGAUUGGAUCGGAAACGGAAAACCCUCAUUCUGAAACAUUAGAGAAUUUGUGGCGAAUCGCUUGCCCGACGACGGUGACAUCGUUGGAUGAUCCGAUGAUAAACCCUAGUAUGGAUCCGAACAUUGGAAAGAUGGGCUGCGAGAGGGUGUUGGUUUGUGUGGCCGAGAAAGACUGGUUGAAGGACAGAGGUUGGUAUUUCUAUGAGGAGUUGAAAAGGAGUAAUUGGAAAGGGAAGGUGGAGAUUGUUGAAACAGCCGGAGAGGAUCAUGCUUUCCAUUUGUGUAAUCCAACCAGCGAUAAUGCUUUGGCUUUAAUCAAAUUGUUUGUUUCAUUCUUCAAUAAGGCAGUCUAA